GCAACUGCCUCGCACUUCAUAACAAAGUUUCUUUAACAGAAAACUUAUGUUUCAUUCUGCAGGAGAAUGCGCAGCAGACUGUCCCACGAUGAGUGUUUGGACUGUUGCAGCUGUGCUUCAUUGUAACUUUGUAAGCACUAGAGGCCUGGGUCCAAAUGUAAUGGCCACACUUUGGUCAAGAUGGCUCUUAACCAUCUUGCUGGUCAUCGUGCCAGCCUGUUUUGCCCCAGCUCCUCCUGCUUCUCCAUCUCUUCCUGAGUGCUCCAUCCCAUGUGGUGGGGAGUACAAUUGUGUAGAUAUACACUGUAGUUGGGAACCAAGGCCGGACCUUGAGAUCCCCACGAACUACACCCUGCACUGGAAGCCAGCAAACGAGGAGGGGGAUGUGAUCAAUGAGACCAUCUUUAAUGGGAUUAUCCGUCGGGUACACUUCAACCAUGGGGAGCUCCGUGUUUGGGUCCAGGCUAAGAACCAGCAUGGUUCUGCCAGAUCUCAGGAUGCUUUGUUCCAUACGGCAGACAUCAUGAAGCUGCUGCCUCCUAAAGUCUCCUUAGUCAACCAUCAGGAGUCUUUAGAGAUUUCCUGGAAUCCCACCUGUGAUGACCAGCAGCUCUCUCUGGGAAAAUGUGACGUCCGAUAUCGGACUGAGGGAGAACAACUCUGGCUCGAGGACCAGAAUUUACUCCAUGUCAGCUAUACAGUCGACAGUCCCGAGCCCAGCACAGUCUAUGAAUUUCAAGUUCGCUGUUCCUGUGACAAGGGCUUGAAGAGUAACUGGAGUGCCAUCCACAACAUACGAAGCACAGAGACGGCCCCAGAAGGAGAGCUGGAUGUGUGGAGGGAUUGUGGGAUAUCCCAGAAAAUCGCUGACUGUUUUGUGACCUGGAAGAAGCUUCCUAUUUCUCAAGCUCACGGUCUCAUCCUGGGUUAUGAAGUCAGACUGUCCUACAGUAACAGGGCUCCGGUGUUGGAGAAUGUGUCCACAGCUGAGCCGAAGGACCAGUUGGCCUGUGAAGAAACGCAUUGCCAUUUCACUUCCUCUUUGAAGGACAUUUCAUCAGUUAGUGUGUCUGCAUACAACAGUCGUGGUGCAACAGUGCCUUCUUAUCUGGCUACGCCAAUACCAGGUAAAGAGAAGAAUGAGCAAACUAUUCACCUUGUGAUGAAUGAAGAGAACCUCACUGUGUCCUGGGAUCUGCCCUCCCAGCUCUCAGACAACCUGAAGGAAUAUGUGGUGCAAUACAAAGAAGCAGGAGGUCCUCCAGGCCGAGGAUUUGAUUGGAUCAAAGUGGAAAAAAGCCAAAAAACUGGAAUCUUUAAAGGUCGAUAUAAGAAGUGCACACCCUACCAAGUGUCACUGUUCACGGUAUCAAACAACAGCAAAGUCCAUCACCUGUCAUCCGUUAUUGGAUAUUCACUUCAAGGAAUCCCCUCCAGAGUGCCAUCAUUUAAGGUGACUUCUAUCGCUACCACUCAUGUGACUCUGUUUUGGGAGUCUAUUCCCCUCUCCAAGCAGGAAGGGUUCAUCCUCUACUACCAAAUAAUAGUAGAGAGUGGAGCAGACGGACAAAAAGUGUACAACGUGAGCGUCACAUCACCACAGCAGGAAGACGAGACGUUUGAGCUGCUGCAUCUCCGUCCGGGACACGAGUACGAGGUUCGGACCAGAGCUGUGACUGUAGCCGGGCCCGGAGCAAACGAAACGACAAAGUUCAAAACGAAGGACGAUGAAGAUUUUGGGCCCCUAGUAGCAGUUGUGCCUGUAAUCCUUUUGUUGGUCGUGAUAUGUGUUAUUGUUUUUCUAUACAGUUAUUGUCGGGGAGAAACCAAAGCAUGUCCACCGGUGCUUCCGUGUUUCUCUAACAAAGUGCCAGAUGCUCGCAACAGCCACAUUUUCAGACACAUGAAGCACCAGUUUAAUGACUCCUUUGGUUGGAUCUGCAUUCCCGUCAACGAGCCACAACCCAAGAUCUCUUUGUUGGAGGUUUUGGAACCCAAGCCGCGGGCUUCGAAGUCGUUCCUGAAGAAACCCUCCGACCCUGACGGGUUAACAAAGCUAGUAGUUGGAGAUGGGAGCUCACAGGUGGACUGCCAAGGUGAGCAGAGGGAGGAAGCUGUCAAAGAGGAGGGUCAUGGGACAGACCACAGGUAUGGGAGAGAGGAGUACAGCAAAAUGAUUGACUCGGAUGAGGAGAGGGACCGGGAGGAGGAGAACAGGGAAGAAUGUUGGAGCUCAUCGGAGGAAGAACAGUCAGUGACGGGUUACGAAAAGCACUUCAUGCCCACUGCUCGGGAAGUACAGGAAGUUUGAUGUUCCUCUAUGUUGGCUCCGGGACAUUCAUCUCAGAUUUGUGUUUUUUUUUUUUUUUUUUUUAAAUGUUCAAUGUGUAAACGUUAUUUUAGACAAUGACUAACUGGUCAGGCAGCUGUAGCUUCUCUGCAGGACUCAGGAGGACGACUCAGAUCUUUGGAGAAAUAAACUAAUUAAGCUUUUGACAUAUUUAAUUUACUGUCAUUCGAUAAGUGUUUGUUUCACCACAUCAUGUUCCCUACGUUUUUUUUCUUACUUGUCCUUUUUCCGUGAUUACCUAUGCUGGACCCGUAAUAAUGCAAACUUCCAUCAUUUUUUGUCAACAUUGUCACACCUUUGACUUUAUAUUUUGAUAAGUAAAAUUGACAUUUGUGCAUCUGUCAUAUAUGAAUAAACUAUUUUAAUAAGGGUGUGGCUGCAGAGUUUCUAACAUGAGUUUUACACCUUAUAAUAAAACACAUGAAGCCAUAAAACACCAUUCAUAACACCUUCUCCAACAGCAUGUUACAUAUCCAGAACAACUCAACAGUGCCAUUCAGUGUUGUUUUCCCCAUCUAUCCAAAGAUGCACUUUAUGGUUUUCGCUGUAUAUCAGCCACGGCUAAAUAUCUUGUAAAAAAGCUAAGUAAUAGUGUUUUAUUUCAAUUCAAACUGGAUUUAUUUUUAGUUUAGACGGUAUGCAUUAAAUUUUAUUUCACAUGUAUUCUUCCACAUUGACUGUCUUUUAGUUUAUUUUCUAAAAAUAAAAAUUACAUUUCCUGAAAUCUUGUGUUAAAAGGUAAA